UUUUGCCUGAUGUUCCUGGAAAGCCUUCAAUCAGCAACAUCAAAUCACAGUCAGCUGUAAUAACCUGGGAAGCAGCGGAUGAUUACUUAGAAAGUCGGCUGGAAAGAUAUGUCGUUCGUGUUUCAAAUGAAAACUACACGAUGAAAAUCAACGUAACUUCUGGAAUAGAAGUGAAGAAUCCGACUUAUCAUCUGCGAAAUCUGACAGAACAUACAUCCUAUAAGGUCAGCAUUGCAGCAGAAAAUGUCAUCGCUAUCAGCAGUUUCACGGCGGAAGUGACUUUCUUGACAUUUUGUAAGUACUGUAGAAUGUAUCUUUAUAUCACAAAUUUUGAAACGUUUGAGGAAUAAAUAUUCUUAAGCCCAGACAGCAUGGGAUUGAUUUUUCUGCAAAUGUAUUUGUGCCUUUUGAAAGCAUGUGUAGCUUCUAGUGAGAAAUAUAUGACGUACUAUUUGAUGCGCUUUCAAAACCACAAGCUGCGCAAUAAAACCGGUUAGAAUGCUAUAUUUCAAUUGCUGUGCUUAGAUUCGCUCUAAGUAUUUUUUGGUAAGUUAUUAAAUAAAUGUCUUCCAAACCCGAGAAUAAUUGCAGUUAAGAUGCUUCUUGAAUGUUCGGUGUAGCAAAGAUUACGAUUGAUGUGUCUGGAUGUAGGAUGCAGUUGCCUAAAAAAUGAGGGCAAACUUUGACUGUUCGAGCAAAGGCUCUUCGGGUGGAAGUAAAUCACUUCAGACGUCGACGUUUGUUCUUGUUUUUCAGUUAGUUUCAUCCUACAUCCGGCAAGUCCGACAGUUAAGAUGUUUAUUUUUUGCUUUCGCUAGAUGGACCUUAUCUAAUUCUGAAGGAACAAGGUCUGAAAAUAGUCGAAGUAAAUGAGAAAAAUAUCACAAUCCCAUGCACAGGAAGAAGUUAUCCAACACCGAGCGUAAUUUGGAAGAAGGAUGGGGAAAAAAUCCAUUUACGAGAAAAUUUAACAGAAGCUUCCAAUAAUUUUGUUUACCAGAUAUCAACGCUAUCACGACUUGAUAACAAAUCAAACGUUUCUAUAGAGGUCACAAGCACGCUAUUUUUAAGAACCAAUGGAAUAAAAUAUGAAGAUCAUGGAAAUUACACUUGUGAAGUUUUGAACGUCAAUGAAAGUAGUAUACCACUCAGGGAAACGGUGGAAAUACAAUGUAAGUGA